AACCUCCGCUCACAAAGCAAUUGCUCACGCGAAUAUUUUCCUCUUUCCUGGCAGCUCCGUUCGCAUUCUUCCUCUCCGGCUUUCUACUUAUUGACCCGAGACCCGGCAAUCCAGAACUGAACUGUAACCCUUGAGGCCUUUAGUACCAUUCUGGGCCUGUAGUCCUGUGCAUCUCAGCUUCGAAAUGACAACAAAGUACAUAAUUCCUGCUGUGUUCGGAUCGUUUGCCAUUGCUUAUGUAUGUGAUCAGCUUAUUGCUGACAAGAAGAUUUUUGGAGGAACUACACCUUCAACUGUCUCAAACAAGGAAUGGUGGGAAGAAACUGACAAGAAAUUUCAGGCAUGGCCCCGCACUGCUGGUCCACCAGUGGUGAUGAAUCCUAUCAGCCGCCAGAAUUUCAUUGUUAAGGCUGGUUCUGAAUCUUGAAGACAGAACCUGAAGACCAAACUUUUGCUUGUGCUUUUGUCAACAUUUCCAGUUUGAUUGCUACUCCCUGUGAAGAAAUUGUGGUGCCCGACUCUGGUUUUGCUUUGAAAUUGUUCUUAGUUCAGAACAUUGUUUUCUUGCCUUUUCUGUUUCAAACUAGAUCUGGCCAGAGUAUCACUUGAGGAUUAUGCUAAUCUUAUUAGAUCUGAAUAAAUUUCUGUGAAGCGAUAACCAAAUUUUUUUUCUGCAUCUUCAAGGAUUCAUUUCUUCCCUGGUA